CAGUCACCCGCCGGGCAAGACAGUGAAAGGUUACGUUCUCAUUCUCUCUCUUUAAUCUCCAUACCCUUCAUAUAUAGCAAAGAUGACCCUGGACUUCUACUACAUGGCUCCCUCAGCUCCCUGUCGCUCGGUGAUGCUGACGGCCAAGGCUGUAGGGGUGGAGCUGAACCUUAAGGAGCUGGAUCUGAUGGCUGGGGAGCAGAUGAAACCAGAGUUCAUUGCCAUCAACCCCCAACACUGUGUCCCCACUUUGGUCGAUGAUGACUUUGCUUUGUGGGAGAGCCGUCCCAUCUGCUCCUACCUCGUCAACCAGUAUGGGGAGGACGACUCCCUCUACCCCAGUGAUCCCAAGACCCGCGCCCAGGUAGAUCGCCUCCUCUACUUCGAUAUGGGCACACUCUACCACCGCUUUGGCGAAUAUGUGUACCCAGUGGUGUUUAGAGGACAAGAGGAGCCAAAUCCCCAGAAGUUGGAGUCCCUGCAGGAAGCUCUUGGCUGGCUGAAUGAUUUCUUGGAUGGCCACGAGUGGGCAGUCGGUGACACCACUACCAUCGCUGACCACGUCCUGGUAGCCUCAGUGUCCACCUUGGAGGCAGCAGGGAUUGACAUCACCGGACACGCCAACAUCGUCGAGUGGCUGGAGCGAUGCAAGUCAACCAUGCCAGGGUAUGAGGAGGUUAAUGAGCCUGGUGCAGUCAGCUUUGGUGAGAUGGUUAAGGCCAAGUUCAGCACUGACUAAAAUGAUCUAUCUAGAGCAGUUGAUGGUAUUGAGAACAAGUGAUGGUUUAGAAUAAUUAUUGACAAAUGUUUAAUUCUACUCUUUCAAGCAACAUUUAUUAUUAAGUUAAUUACAGUACAGUAGAAGUCCAAAAAUCCGGACUGCUUGGGGAUUGGGUCGGUCUGGAUUUUCGGAUUUUCCGGAUUCUCAGGCAGUACUUUUAAAAUUCAAAU